CCGAGAUUGGGCCACUGCACUCCAGCUUGGGCAAGAGCAAAACUGUCUCAAAAAAAAAAAAAAAAAAAAGAAAAAGCUACAAUACUCCCCUCACAAACUGGAAGCCUCAAGCUCUUCACCCUAAAAUAGUUCUGUUGAAUUUCACCCUGGCAAUGUAAACUGAUAGCUUAUCUGCACAGGUGUGGGACAGAACCCGUCCCUCUGCACACCUGAGUCAAAUGCCUAUCUGACUGCUUCCCCUGCCCUAUUUAUGUAAAAAUUCAGAGUCAAUGAGCCAGAUUAAGGCAUAAGUGACUAUUCCUCUACUCCCUCUCAUAUAUAAAUUGUAUAUUCAGUGAAAGGCCGAUGAGUCACUCAAAGAAUGUGAUAAUUUAUUAUCUACCUGUGACCCGGAAGUCCCCCAAUUCCAGUUUUUCCACCUUUCCCGACCGAAUUAAUGUACAUCUUAUAUGUAUUGAUUGAUGUCUCAUGUCUCUGUAAAAUAUGUACAACCAAAUUGCAGCCUGAAAACCUUGGGCACGUGUCGUCGGGACCUCCUGAGGCUGUCACAGGUGCAUUUUUAACCUUGGCCAAGUAGAUUUCUAACUUGAUUGAGACCUGUUAGAUACUUUUGGUUCACAAGCUCAUGAACACAGAAAAAAAAGAAUAGGAAUAGCACAAAAUCAGUUCCAAAAUGAUCGAGAUGCCGCCAUUGCACUCCAGCCUGGUCAACUAGAGCAAAACUCCAUCUCAAGAAACAAAAAAAGAAACUGAUAGAUCUCUUACACAAAUACGCUGGGACAACUAACUGGAUAUCCACGUGGAAAAGAAUAAUGUUGGAUCCCUAUGUAACAUCAUCAAAAAUUUUAUUAUAAAAAAGAAAAGAGAGAGAGAGAAGAGGAAGGGAGCCCUGCGGGAGGGGGUGUUACUUUGUCGCCCAGGCUGGCCUGAACUCCCAGGCUCGGCGAUCCUCCCGCCGCUGCUUCCUGAAUAGCUGGGACCUCAGGCUCCUGCUCCCGCUCCCAUAUCCCAGCUGUGUUUAAGCCGCAGGUGGUGACCUCACCCCUCCUUGGCCUGAGCACUCCAUCCUGCAUCUCAGGCAGUGGCCUGAGUCUAAAGCUGAGCACAGCGUGGACUCUCUCCCAAGUGAAUGGAGAAUAGAAAGGGAGAGGAUUUCUAUUCGGUUCUGUGGGCUGUCAGCAUGAAAUUGUACCUUCCGCCCAGGCAGGGCUUUGCAUUUCACUUUCUAGUUUGCAUCCCCGUUCCAGAUAAUUCCAGGGCUUUUGAAUCAUGCCUCAGCCUUCCUGGCCGGUCUCGCCUCCAAAACCCGAAAAAUGCCUCUGCGCUGGGAACGGUGCUGAGAGACUCACAGGUCCCGCCCUGGCCCCGCCCACUGCUGGUUCUAAAGGGGAAAGUCUCUCGGCUUCCCACCCCGCCCCUACCUCGUCCAGGCCCCGCCCACCUCACGGGCCCUGCCCAGACCUGGCUUCUGUACUGCGCGCGCAGAUUCGUGCAAACCCGGAAGCGGAUUACGUGGAGUGAAGGUCACGCCGUGGCGGAUUGACUUCUAAGGACUCUUGGUACAUGAGGAAGAAACCCGGAAGGGGAAGAGGAAAGCAAAGGCGUCAGGAAUGGUUCUUCCUCAGGGUCUAUUGACAUUCAGGGAUGUGGCCAUAGAAUUCUCUCAGGAGGAGUGGAAAUGCCUGGACCCUGCUCAGAGGACUCUAUACGGGGACGUGAUGCUGGAGAAUUAUAGGAACCUGGUCUCCCUGGGUAUUUUUUCUAAAUGUGAGAUCAAGGAAUUACCACCAAAAAAGGAGAGUAAUACAGGAGAAAUAUUCCAGACAGUAAUGUUGGAAAGACAUGAAAGCCGCGACAUACAAGAUUUUUGCUUCAGAGAAACCCAGAAAAAUGUACAUGACUCUCAGUGUCUGUGGAAACAUGAUGAAAGACAUUAUAAGCGAGUGUGUGUGACCUAUAAGGAAAGUCUCAUUGGUAGAAGAGACAUGCAUGGUAGAAAGGAUGAUGCACAGAAGCAGCCUGUUAAAAAUCAGCUUGGAUUAAACCUGCAGUCACACCUACCAGAACUGCAGCUGUUUCAAGCUGAAGGGAAAAUAUAUAAAUAUGAUCACAUGGAAAAAUCUGUCAACAGUAGUUCCUUAGUUUCCCCACCCCAACGUAUUUCUUCUACUGUCAAAACCCACAUUUCUCAUACAUAUGAAUAUAAUUUUGUGGAUUCAUUAUUCACACAAAAAGAGAAAGCAAAUAUUGGCACAGAACACUACAAAUGUAAUGAGUGUGGCAAGGCCUUUCAUCAAGGCUUACAUUUUACUAUACAUCAAAUAAUCCAUACUAAAGAGACGCAAUUUAAAUGUGAUAUAUGUGGCAAGAUCUUCAAUAAAAAAUCAAACCUUGCAAGUCAUCAAAGAAUUCAUACUGGAGAGAAGCCAUAUAAAUGUAAUGAAUGUGGCAAGGUCUUCCAUAACAUGUCACACCUUGCACAGCAUCGCAGGAUUCAUACUGGAGAGAAACCAUAUAAAUGUAAUGAAUGUGGCAAGGUCUUUAAUCAAAUUUCACACCUUGCACAACAUCAAAGAAUUCAUACUGGAGAGAAACCUUAUAAAUGUAAUGAAUGUGGAAAGGUCUUCCAUCAAAUUUCACACCUUGCACAACAUCGGACAAUUCAUACUGGAGAAAAACCUUACGAAUGUAACAAAUGUGGCAAGGUGUUCAGUCGCAAUUCCUACCUUGUACAACAUCUGAUCAUUCAUACUGGAGAGAAACCUUACAGAUGUAACGUAUGUGGAAAGGUCUUCCAUCAUAUUUCACACCUUGCACAACAUCAGAGAAUCCACACUGGAGAGAAACCUUACAAAUGUAAUGAGUGUGGCAAGGUCUUCAGUCACAAGUCAUCCCUAGUAAAUCACUGGAGAAUUCAUACUGGAGAGAAACCUUACAAAUGUAACGAAUGUGGCAAGGUGUUCAGUCGCAAUUCAUACCUUGCCCAACAUCUGAUAAUUCAUACCAGUGAGAAACCUUAUAAGUGUGAUGAAUGUGACAAAGCAUUCAGUCAAAAUUCACAUCUUGUACAACAUCGCAGAAUUCAUACUGGAGAGAAACCUUACAAAUGUGAUGAAUGUGGCAAAGUCUUCAGUCAAAAUUCAUACCUUGCAUAUCACUGGAGAAUUCAUACUGGAGAAAAACCUUAUAGAUGUAAUGAAUGUGGGAAGGUCUUCAGUCUAAACUCAUCCCUAGCACAUCAUCGGAAAAUUCACACUGGCGAGAAACCUUACAAAUGUAACGAAUGUGGCAAAGCUUUUAGUAUGCCUUCAAGCCUCACUAAUCAUCAUGCGAUCCAUACUGGAGAGAAACAUUUCAAAUGUAAUGAAUGUGGCAAACUCUUCCGCAACAAUUCAUAUCUUGUACGUCAUCAGAGAUUUCAUGCCAGAAAGAUAUCUAACAAAUGUAAUUAAUGUGGCAGAGUGUUCAGUUAGCAUUAAAGCCUUGUAAGACAUACAGUCAUUUAUACUGGAGAAAAACUUUGCAAGUAUAAUGAAUGUAGCAGAGCCUUUAGUUUUUCUUCAAGGCUUAAUAACCGUUAGCUAGACCAUAGAGGACAGAAACUUUACUAAUGUACUGAAUGUGGCAAGGUCUUAAGGUAAAAUCUGAGAUCAGGAUUUUUCAAAGAAUUCUUGCUGGUGAGGAACCUAACAAAUGUAAUGAAUGUGGCAAGGUCUUCUGGCACAAUUCUCACAUUGUACAAUAUCGCAAAAAUUCAUACUUGAGAGAAACAAAAACACUGAGAGUGGGAAACCAUUAUGACUUCAAACAUCCCUAAAGAGUAUUUAUAAUAAUUAUAUGUGAUAGAGAUUUUCCGCAGGCCAUAGUCUUACUAGGCAUCAAAAACUUUUUUGGUGAAACCACACAAAUGUAACGUGCAUGCUUAAGCUUUUACCCAGGCAUCAAAACCGGAACAUCACAGGGUUUAUACUGGAGAGUAACUACACAAAGAUAAUGAAUGUAAGAAGUCUUUCAGUGUAAUAUUCAUGAUUUUGUCGUGAGAGAUCCACUCAAUAAAAACCAGGCAAAUGUA